UAUUAGAAAUCUACGGAGUAUCUUCAAUGUUGUUGAAAAGCUCCGAACUCGGUCGCCGGUGAAAUCACCGGAAUCUGCACCACCGUUCCAUAGACUAUUAAUAGCCAUUGUGUAAUUAAUUUCCAUUUGCAAAUAACACUCGCUUACAUAUGCUUCUCAGUUGUACACAAGUGAUUAUCCCGUGAAGAGUAAAGUAUCCACAAAUUUAAAUGGGAUCCAAAGAGAACUACAGAAAUGAGCUCCGCGCCGCAAUCCGUCAGCUCAACGACCGCUGCCUGUACUCCGCCGCCAAAUGGGCAGCGGAGCAGCUAGUUGGGAUCGAGCAAGACCCGUCAAAGUACUCCUCAUCCCACACCCGAUUCCAGCGUGGAAGCUCGAGCAUUCGCCGCCGCUUCCGCACCGCGACUCCCGAGUCAGCUUUCACUUCCACGCCUACCGCCGGUGUGUCCUAUGUUGCCAGCCAAUCAUUGCUGGAAGAUGAGUACGACGCAGUUGAUAGCGACUUUUAUUUGCUCGCAAAGUCGUACUUCGAUUGCCGGGAGUACCGGAGAGCUGCACAUGUGCUCAGGGAUCAGACGAGCAAGAAAGCCAAGUUCUUAUGCUACUACUCCCUUUACUUGGCGGGUGAGAAGCGUAAAGAAGAAGAAACAAUAGAACUUGAAGGAUCUUUAGGCAGAAGUGAUGCUGUGAACCAAGAACUGGUUUCUCUUGAGAGGGAGUUGUCAGCACUUCUCAAAAGUGGAACAAUUGACUCCUUUUGUCUUUACCUGUAUGGUCUUGUUCUUAAGCAAAAAGGCAAUGACAGUCUUGCUAGGACAGUACUUGUGGAGUCUGUGAGCAGCUUUCCAUGGAACUGGAGUGCAUGGUCUGAGCUUCAAUCCUUGUGCACCAGAAUAGAGACACUAAAUAACCUUAACCUUACUAAUCACUGGAUGAAAGACUUUUUCCUAGCCAGUGCUUACCAAGAGCUUCGAAUGCAUAAUGAGUCUUUGGCAAAAUAUGAGCAUCUACAAGGAACAUUCAGUUUUAGCAACUACAUCCAGGCCCAGAUUGCUAAAGCUAAGUACAACCUCCGUGAAUUUGAAGAAGUGGAAGUUAUAUUUGAUGAUCUACUAAGGAAUGACCCAUAUAGGAUUGAUGAUAUGGACAUGUAUUCCAAUGUGCUUUAUGCAAAGGAGUGUUUUUCUGCUUUAAGUAGCAUUGCCCAUAGGGUGGUUUUGACAGAUAAAUACAGGCCAGAAUCAUGUUGCAUCAUUGGGAACUACUACAGUUUGAAGGGGCAGCAUGAGAAGUCUGUUAUAUAUUUUCGGAGGGCACUGAAACUGAACAAGAAUUUUUUAUCAGCUUGGACACUUAUGGGUCAUGAGUAUGUUGAGAUGAAAAACAUUCCAGCAGCAGUUGAUGCCUAUAGGCGGGCUGUGGACAUAAAUGGACGUGAUUAUCGGGCCUGGUAUGGGUUAGGGCAAGCAUAUGAAAUGAUGGGAAUGCCCUUAUAUGCACUUCAUUAUUUUAAGAAGUCGGUGUUCCUGCAGCCAAGUGAUUCUAGACUGUGGAUCGCCAUGGCCCAAUGUUACAAAACAGAGCAGCUUCAUAUGCUCGAGGAGGCAAUCAAAUGUUAUGAAAGGGCAGCAAAAUGCAAUGAUCGGGAAGCAAUAGCACUUCAUGAGCUAGCGAAAUUGCAUUCUGAACUUGGACGUUCUGAAGAAGCAGCAUUUUACUACCAGAAGGAUUUGGAGAAGAUGGAUGCUGAGGACAGGGAAGCACCCAACAUGGUUGAGGCUUUACUGUUUCUUGCCAGACACUGCAAAACUCAAAAGAGAUUUGAAGAAGCAGAGGUUUAUUGUACCCGGCUUCUUGACUGUGCUGGUCCUGAGAAGGAAACAGCAAAAAGUCUGCUUCGAGGAAUAAGACAUGCAAGGGAUGUCGAACACUUUCCACAUUAAAAUUCCUAAUUGUCACUGAAUUGCAAAAGAAAUUAUCUUGAAGCCGAGACCAGCUUCUAAGUUUAUGGAUGUGGAGAUAGAGUGAGAAGCCAGGGGUGGUCAAAUGGACCAUCAACUACUAUAGUCUGAAACCAGAAAAUUUUUUGUGUGUAUUUAUUCUGUUUCAGCUUAUCAAUUUAGAAACAUUUUUUUCUUGUCUUACUGUUGUUGUAUUGGUGAUAUUGUUGGAAGAGUUAGAAGCCAAUAAACUGUACUCUCUUUCAUUUAUCAGUUAACAGGUACCAAAAAGGAGUUUCAGUGGUCUA